AUGGAAAAUGGGGCUCAGGCCAACCCCAAAGAGUUCAGGAAGAAGGGGCUGGUUAGACUCCUAUCCUGGAAGACAUCCGUGGAGCAGAUACUCUUUCCCAGGGCUGCCUUUUUUUGGAAUGCCACCAGGUGCAUCCCAGGCAUCAGGAAGCUGUUCACAAUCACCAUUCUAGCAGGCAGUGUCUUGCCUAUGGUCCAUGGAGGUCUACUGAACUUGAAGUCAAUGGUAGAAAUCAUCACAGGGAAAAAUGCCAUCCUCUCCUUUGUGGGCUAUGGCUGCUACUGUGGACUAGGUGGCCGGGGUCUACCCAUGGAUGAAGUAGACUGGUGCUGCCAUGCCCAUGACUGCUGCUACCAGAGGUUGUUUGAACAGGGGUGCCACCCCUUUCUUGACCGUUAUGAAUUCUCCAUUGAUAACAGGACCCAGACCAUCACCUGCAGUGAGAAGAACAAGACAGAGUGUGACAAGCAGACCUGUGAAUGUGACAAGAAAGUUGUCUUGUGCCUCAACAACCAAACAUACCAUGAGGAGUACCGCAACUACCUCAACAUCUACUGCAAAGGAAAUACUCCGUCCUGCAGCAUCUAUGACCCUCUACCUGUGGAGAUUGAGUGUAGACACAUCCCUAAGACGCCUCCUCCACCUCCCUAA